AAGAGUAAUAAGGGCAGGUUAUUAUUUGUUUACUUUUUCGUUUUGUUGCAAGUGCUAAAAUAAAUGGAGCUUGAUCCUGAUAUUGUAAAAGAAUUCGAGGGCCUACAGGUUUCUACUCGCCAAAUAAGUGCCGAAGAAUUGGCCAAUUUUGAUGAGAACGCCCCACUGCGUCCACGAGAGGAGCUGAAGCACCCGACCUACAGUCACAUUCCCAAAUUCUACCACGGACAUGUUGAGGAUCCACUGCGGCAGAGUCUCCGAAAGGAGGCUCAUUCUCUCUUCCUGCAGCAAAAGUCCCAGGAAUUACUAGACAACGACGAUCUAAAUGAAUUGUGGAGUAUUCUCGAGAGGCAUGUCACAAAGACAACUCCAAUGAGCCAGCAGCUGGUUGAUUAUGAUGAUUACCUAAAAGUGUUGAGUGAAAUUAGUGACAAGUGUCGCAAAUAUUUGACUUCACGGCUAUUUGCCAAACUGCUCUGCGGCUCAGCAUAUCCUGGAAAGGUGGAAAUUGCAUCCAUUUUCAACUACACAAUGCGCAAGGUGUGGCUGAUGCAGGGACGGAUUGGACUCUCCUUUUACGAUGAAAUAGGCCAAGGUUAUCUACGCGAAAUCGACAUGGAGAACUACAUUAUAGACAUAAUACCGACUCUGGCUCAGAUCCGCGACUGUGUGCAGCCAUCGUUUCAAAGUUUCUAUGUGUGUACAGUGGUAAAGAAGUUCUUUUUCUUCCUCGACUCGCUGCAUACAGGUCGCAUAAGGAUACGGGAUGUCCUGGCCUCGGGCCUGCUUACCGAGCUGCUUGAUCUGCGUGAUGAGGCCAAUCCUAAAGAACCCCAGGAAUACAAUUGGUUCUCCAUGCCCGCAGUUCUCACUGUUUAUGGAAACUAUCUCAAUUUGGACAAGGACCACAAUGGCAUGCUUAGUAAAAAGGAGCUAGCUGCCUAUGGUUCAGGAACACUUACAUCAGUGUUUCUUGAUCGUGUGUUCGAGGAGUGUCGCACAUACGACGGAGAAAUGGACUACAAAACAUUCUUGGACUUUGUCCUCGCUCUGGACAAUCGUCAGACUCCCCAAGCCCUGCACUAUCUCUUUCGCAUUCUGGAUGUUCAGCAUACGGGCUACCUCACUGCCCAGACACUUCAUUUCUUUUUCAAGGGCAUACAGGAGCAAUUGAGAGCUCUGAAUGCAGAAGCUGUUAACUUUGAGGAUAUCAAGGAUGAAAUAUUCGAUAUGGUCAAAUCAAAAGAUCCCUGCAAAAUUACCCUACAGGAUUUAAUUAACUGUGGUCAAGCCGAGACAGUGGUGUCUAUACUAAUUGAAUUCCACAAAUUCUGGGCUUAUGAAAACCGUGAGGAUAAUCCACAGAAUGUUUAAAGAACCUGAAGUAAUAUAAGCUAAGUGGAAGAUUGUGCCAGGCACGUUUUAUUUAAUUUUUUAAAAUUUACUGUAGUCAAUCCACCAGGAUUUUCAAUUUUCAAAACAAGUUUAGGCCAUCAUUUAAAUCCAAUAAGACUGAACGAUCUAAGUAGAAUAUAAAGAAUUGCAUAAUUCGUCUUCUUUACGUACAAAUCUCUUAAUUCAAUAAGAUUGAUCUAUUAAAUACGGUAUUAAUUUGA